AUGACGAAGUACUGCUCAGGAGUUUCCUUCACCCUCACCCUUGGAAACUCUCAAUCUACACUCUCAUCCUCCAACAAACCACCACAAACCAAUAUCCCCUACAAUCAACGCCCCUACAACUGUAAACCAUCGUUUCUCUGCCACCUCCAGUGCCCCAACAUCACAACCAUAAUGCGCAAUCUACCCAGCACUCCCACCCACAACAUCGCCAACAAACCCACCCCUCCCCUGACAGCCCCACCCACAACCUCCCAUAACCCAACUCUCAUAUCAGCACCAACACUCCAACCCUCACCUCCUAAAUCCACUUUGAAUCUCCUCAAUCCUCCUACCAAGCCCUUCAUCUGUCCCACCUGCUCACACACAAACCAACACUCUACCUCUCUAGCUAUCUCCCAUCCCAACAGCUCUCAUCCUGCCGCUGUUUGCAAAAUCUGUUUUGCAGAUUUCGAACGCAGGGAAAGGGAUUUUAGACAUAGGGCCGAAUUGACUAGUUUUCCGAGGUUGUUGGAGCUUGAGGAGUGUGUGCAAGAUUCAGGGCAAGAAGAGGGGAGAGUGGGUGUGGAUAUGAAUAUAAGUAAGGAGGAGGAGAGUAGAGCGGGUAUAGGAACGGGAACGCGAAUGGGGAUGGGGGCGAGAAUGGGCAUGCUAGGGGGUGUAUAUGGGAGUUUAGGAUGGGCAUUAGGGAUAGGGAUGAGGAUUUUUAAGGAGGGGAGGAAGAGGCGUGGCAGUGAGAGUAGUGAGGGUAGUGAUCAGGAGAGGAGAACUGAGGGAAAUGGAGAUGUGAUGUCUCGUGUGAGUUUGGGCGAAUGCGCUAGUACUUAUAGGCAAGGUAUUGUGCUUACGUAUCCACCAAUGCACGCGACCAAGAAAGCAGCUAAGAAAAAUUACCAGGCACAAUCCUACGAAGCUAACUACGAGCAUACACGAAAGCCCAGCAUCUGUUAUUAA